CAGUCCAGAUGAAUCUACAUUACAACGUUUAAAAGAUGGAGCUAAAGAACAGGAGAAGGAAAUACAUGAGAAGAAUGAUGCUGAUCCUGUUGAAGGGUCUGAAUCUGCUCUCCUGCAGUCAUCAUGUAGUUCAGAUUUAGUGUCUGAGGAAUCCACUGCAAUAAGUAUCUGUCACAUCACAGAAUCACAAACCCUCACGAAUAGUAAUGUAGAGUCCCAGGAAAAUACUGGAGAUGCUGAAAGAGUGGCAGCAGAGGAAGACAAAGACUUACAAUUAGAAAUUGACUCACAGAACAAAACAUUUGACUCAACAACCAGAGAAGCAGAAGAAACAGAAAAGAACAUCCAAGAUGUUAGUGUGACGUUAAUUACAGAAGUAGACGUUACUGGAGAUACAGUUACAGUGGAGAGUAUUAUGACUACUGAGUCUGAUUUUCUUCAAACCUCUCCUGAUGCACACAUGGAAGCAUUGAAAAUAUCUAAAAAUGCUGAGAAAGAAGUUUCAGGAGAAACAAACACAAUUCCUGAACAAAGUGAUAUCAGCAUCAUUCCUGCAGAUUCUCACAGUGAAGAGACACACUCAAAAUCAAGUCCAGUUAUUCACAAGAGAAAAAUGGGUUCAACUCGCAGACCUCUCAAAGGGAAUACAGGACGAAGAAAAGAUCAUAAUGAAAAAGAAAUCUUCAAUUUGGAGGAUGAACCCAGUCCAGAUGAAUCCAGAUAUACUGCAGUGAGUAUCUGUGACAUUUCAGAAUCACAAACCAUCACAAAAAUGUAUGCAGGGUCCCAGGAAAAUGCUGGAGAUGUUGAUAUAGCACCAGCAGAGGGAGACACAGAAUCACACUCAGAAAACAAAACAAUUUACUCGCCAGCAUUUGAAGGAGACACAACAGAAGAGAACAUCUGUGCAGCUAGUGCUUUAGAUAGAAAAGUUGAGUUUAUUGGAGAUGCAGUUAUAGUGGAGAGUAAUAUGACUACUGAGUCAGAUUUGAUUCAAAGUUACACUUCCACUGAUGCAAAACCGGAAUCAUUGAUAUCUGAAAUAGCUGAGAAUGAAAUUUCAGGAAAAACAGACACAGUUUCCAAACAAAGUGUUCCCAACAUCAUUCCUGAAGAUCUUACUGGAGACAAGGUACACUCAAAAUGGAGUCUUAAUGUUCAUAAGCGAAAAAUGGGCUCAACUCGUAGACCUCUCAGAGGGAACAAAGAACAAAGAAAAGUGAGAGUAGAAUCCAAGGAAAAUAAUGGAGAUAAUGAAGGAGUGUCAGAAGAGGAAGACACAGAAACACACUCAGAAAUUCAAAACCGGGAUAACGUGGUCGAUCACAGUGUGACACAAGAAAUUAUUAAUAUAAGAGAUGUUGAAGAUGAGGAGAGAAAGACCACGAAGACAGUGGACAUGUCAGUGCAGGAGCUAUGUGGUGAUUUGGAACAAAGAUCAGAUGCAUCUCAAACACAAACUGAUCCAUCACAGGAUGAUACUGGCUCACAUUUAUUAGAGUUCCAAGAAAGAACUGCAGAUUUUGUGAGAGACAGUAAUAGUCUUUCUGAUGUGGUCGUGUCUGAUGCCCUGCUUAUAGAGGAAACCCAAAUUCAUGUGUCACCUAAUGAUGUUCCUCCAACAGAGGUGGUUGAAAUGAAUCCAGUCUCCAAAAAGUCUAUGCAGAAGAGAAAAAUGGGGUCAACUCGGAAGAGAGGGAAAAGGAUGGUAAAUGACGAGGAGGUUGAAGAGAAAGAGGGAGAAACUGAAAAUACAACAAUUGAUGAUGAGACCACAAAGUCAGAGGAGAAAUUAACACUUGAAGAAGCCAUUACAGGAUCUCCUGUACAUCAGCAACUGUUCAGUUCAUCUGCUGAUAAAGAAGGGCAUGAUAUUGUUUCUAAAUCAGAUGUGCAGGCAGAAAACUCAGAACAAAACGAUCCAAACUCUACCAUAAAUCCCGAACUACUGAUAGAAUCUGAAUGUUCUUCAAAUGUUGCUGCUGAAAUGGUUUCAGACCUGCCAUUGGGAGAUGUUGACACAUACUUAGAUCCUAAACAAAGUGUCAUUCCCAAAGAGUCUCAUGGAGAAGAUCAACCAAACUUUAAUCCAGUUGUUCAAAAACGAAAAAUGGGGUCAACACGUAAGACGCUCAGAGGGAACAAAGGGCAGGGAAGAAUAGCAGAAUUCAAAAAGAUGGAUGGAGAUAGUGAAGGAAUGACACAGGAACAGGAUACAGAACCACAUUUAAAAACUAGUGCAAGAAAAACUGAAUUUGAUGAAGAGGUUGAACAAAACUUCCCAGUUGAAUUUUCUCAUCCAAUGGCUUCUUCAAACAUGUUCCCUGAACCAGAAAAUGGAGUGAAGGACGUUUCUCACAUUAUCCAUGACCUAUCUGAAGUGAGUAAGGAAAAGGGGAUGGACAAUACUGGAAUUGACAGUAAUAGUCUGAGUGAGGCAAUUAAUCUCAAUGAGGGGACAAAGGACAAUUUUUUCUUGACAGUUAGUCAUGAAGAUGCUCAUCAGAUCGUGUCAGAGCCUGAACAAACUGAAAACACACACAAGGUUAUUCCCACACAAGAACUAAGAGCCACUCAGGAUGAUGUUGUUCACGAAAACAACUCUCGAAAAAUACCUGCCACCCAAGAAAAGAGGCGAAAGAUGGGCUCAACCCGGAGAAAUCCUCGAGGAAUGCUUGGGAAAAAUAUGGCCGAUAAUGAAGAUGUACUUGGUGUGGCAGAGGAUAGAGAGACUAAGAAAGCAGCGGAUGAUUUGGAAGAAGCAUUAAGCAUCAGUCAGUCCAAGGAAGUGUCUUCAGUCAGUACCACAGAUCUUGAAUCAGAAAUGUUCAUUGGUGCAACUGAUUUCAAAGUUGAAAAUUAUCAUCUUCACAGUUCUAGACCAACAGUGCCUGAAACACCUGAAAAUACCCUUCAAAUAUGUGAUAAUCAGUUAGUAAAUGCUGAUGUUACCAAACAUCCACAGUCAGAGACUGUUACCACUGAGAUGAGAAGAAAGAUGGGCUCAACUCGGAAGAAUCUCAGAGAAGGAAAAAUACAAGGAAAAAGAGAUGGAUAUGAGGACAUAGAAACUGAAGACACAAAUCUGCAGAUGUCUCAGGACUCUAAAAUGAGCUUAGUAAGAGAAAAUGUAGGACAACAAACAGCUCACGGUUACUCUAAUCAGUCAGAGGGUUCACUUCUCAGUGAGAUAGAGAGAGCAUUAAAUAAGACGUCUCAAAGUUCAUCGAGUUGUGAUUGGGAAUUAAUCGUAAAAGAGCCAAACCCAGGUGACUUAGCCAAUGCUCCUGAUGUCAAUACGCCAGAAAACUCAGAAAUCAAAUCUCUCCAGCCAAUGCCAUCGGCUCACAGUGAACCCAACUCACCAGGAGGACGAAGAAGAAAAAUGGGUUCAACUCGCAAAAAUCCCAGACAGCAGCUCAAAGCAGAAAGGGAGGAUGAAGACAAAGAGGAUGGGGAGAUAGAUGAGAACUCAAAGGCAAAUAAGCAAGAAAAGAAGGACCUUGAAAGAGCUGAGGUGUCUGUAGUGCAUAAUAUUUCUGAAAACAGACUGAAUAAAGAGUAUCUCGAUGUCUCUAGUGCACACAUAAGUAGUGAUCAGCUAGAAGAGAGCACUAACCCUGUUAGCCAAGAAAAGACGUCUCCAUCAACUAAAAGGAAGUUUGGGUCCAGACGUGCUAAUAAGGGCAAACAAGGGCUUGGUAGGUUGGCUGAUUCUGAUUUUGGGAAUGAAUUAGAAGAUGGAGAUCAUAAACCAGACAGCUCUGAGGUCAAGGACAAGCUGCACAGUGAUGGCUUAGCAGUUUGUGAACCGUGCCUCACCUUACAACCAGAGAAUCAACCAGCUUCUGAGCAGAGGAACAUGGAAGCCAAAAAUGAAGAAGCUGCUCCAAAAGGCACUGAUUCUGGUCUCGUUUCUUUGGACCAAAUCAUAAAACAUGAUACCACUGGAGCUAAGCAGACAGUAAAUUUAAAGAACAGGAUUUCAGAUACUAAAGUAGUUCAGUUUAAUGUUGUCAUGGUGGGAAACAGCUGUGUGGGAAAGACUUCCUUCAUAAGACGCUUCCAUGAAGGCCAGUUCACUGAGGAUUACCGCUCCACUAUUGGUGUUGACACCUGUGUACAGACUCUUGCGCUGCCUGACAGCACUGUUAAACUGCAAAUAUGGGACACAGCAGGUCAAGAGAGGUUUCACAGCAUCACCACACAAGUGUUCCACAAGGCUGAUGGGCUUCUGCUCAUGUAUGAAAUCACGUGUUCAAAGAGUUUUAUUUCUGUACGAGAUUGGAUCUCUCAAGCUCGGGAAAGGGCCCCUGAUGAUGUCAUCAUGAUGUUGCUUGGAAACAAAAAUGAUUCUGUAAAGCGUGAAGUCCAGAUUCAGGAAGGGGCGGAUCUGGCCAGAGAGUAUAACAUACAUUUCAUGGAGUGCAGUGCUGCAACUGGGGCGAAUGUGUCAGAAUCCAUGAGAAGUCUUGCAGAGUUGUUAGUGCAGCGCAAGUCACAGAAGGAGAAACACACAACAUUGAGAAGAGAACCAGCACAGAAGAAAUCUGGUUGCUGUUGAAAACACACUCCCACACACACAACAUGCACGACCAUUCAAACUCUUGGGUUAGUAAGAUUUUGUUUUGUAGAAAUUAAUACUAUUAUUCAGCAAGUAUGCAUUCAAUUGAUCAAAAGUGACAGUAAAGACUAUAAAGAUAUUUAAAAAAAACAGUUAGAAAACAGUUAUAAAUAAUGUUUUUUUUGUUUUGUUUUUUAUCGAGGAAUCCUGAAAAAAAAUGGUUUAAACCGUUUUCAUAAAUUAAGCUUACAGGAAUAAAUAAAACUUUAAAAAAUGUUUAUUUUACAUAAAAAUGACUUUUUAUGUGACGUUUUUUUUUAAAUCUUACCAACCCUAAACUUUUGAAGGAAGUGUACAAACACUUUGUAAAAAGCAAAGGCAAAAAAUAAGCUGCUUAUAUAUUGUUGCUUAAGAAGAAUGUCAUUUCUGUAUUUUAUAAAUAUGUACAAAAUACAAUAAUGGUUUCACACAUAAUAAUAUAAUUAUACAUUUAUUUAAUGUCUGAUAAGUGCUUUAAGUGCUGAGUGGAAGUGAAAAAGAAUACAAACAAAUAAAACAAACUAUACUCUUACAA